GUGGCUGCUUCCUAGUACAAGAGGGGCACAACCGGUUUGGGGGGGCUUCUUUUUCGUUCUGAGGUGCCCGACCGCCGGGGGCAACUCCUCGUUGGGCAGAGUAGGAAGUGAAGGGGGGGCAGGACCCGGGAGGAAAGGAAAACCACCAACCCCGUGCCCACCAAUCCUGCUGUGCCCUCGCCCAGGCUCCCUCAGCUUGGGGCAGGGGCACGGAGGGCACCCUCAGUUUGGGGGGGGGGGGGUUGGCAGCAGCAGCAGCCUCUUUCUCCCCUCAGUUCCCCCGCGCCUCCUCCUGGCUGCCCUCCCGGCAGCGCCAGUCAGGACCUUCCUCCUAGAUGGGAUAAGCUGUAAAGAUGUUUAGCUUUGAAGGGGAUUUCAAAACAAGGCCCAAGGUGUCCCUUGGAGGAGCCAGUAGGAAGGAAGAAAAGGCUUCUCUUUUACAUCGGACACAAGAAGAAAGAAGGAAAAGAGAGGAAGAAAGGCGAAGGCUGAAAAAUGCAAUAAUCAUCCAGUCCUUUGUACGGGGUUAUAGGGACAGAAAACAGCAAUAUUCCAUCCAAAGAAGCGAAUUUGAUCGCUGUGCUAAUUUGGCACAGUCUGGUGGAACUUUUUCCAUUGCUAGUGGAUCUAACUUGACCCUUUUAGCACGGCAGCUUCUUUUUUUUUACAGACAGACUGAAGAUUCAAAGCGUUUGAUAUGGAUGUGUCAGAAUUUAAUUAAACACAAUUCUCAGUUCGUUAAACAGCUGGAUGGUCCUGACAGACUUACAUGCUUAUUCCAAAUAAAAAGGCUGUUAGGCCUAUGUUGCAGGUUGCUGCAAAACUGCAACGAUGACAGUUUGAAUGUUGCACUGCCUAUGAGAAUGCUUGAGGUAUUUUCUUCUGAGAAUACUUACUUUCCUGUUUUACAAGAUGCUACCUAUGUAGCAUCAUUAAUUGAACAAAUUUUGCACUACGUGAUUCAAAAAGGAUACUACAGGUCCCUUUACUUGUUAAUUAAUAGCAAGCUUCCAUCAAGUAUUGAGUAUUCUGAUGUAUCUCGAGUUCCUAUUGCAAAAAUUCUGCUGGAGAAUGUUCUGAAACCAUUGCACUUUACUUAUAGCUCCUGUCCAGAAGGUGCAAGACAACAGAUUUUUGCGGCCUUCACAGAGGACUUUCUCGCAGCACCUUUUACAGAUCAAAUAUUUCAUUUUAUCAUUCCAGCAUUAGCAGAUGUACAGACCUUAUUCCCUUAUGAACUCUUUCUGAAUGCACUAUUGUUAACAGAGAGCAGACGUUCAAGAAAAAAUGACAGAGCACCAUGGCUCUUCUAUUUUGUUUUAACUGUUGGCGAAACACACUUGGGAACUCUUUCAGAGGAAGGACUACUUGUGUAUUUAAAAGUCCUCCAGACUUUUCUUUCUCAAUUGCCUGUUUCAACUAUGGGAGCAAACUGUCAGGAUGCAGCCAGUGACUCUGAAGAGGAGGAUGAAGAGAUUGAUAGAACGAUGACCACACCUGGGGAUGGUAGAAUAUCAAUGCAGUACAUAACAGAGGAAUGCUUAAAGAAGUUGGAUACAAAACAGCAGACAAACACUCUUCUGAACAUGGUCUGGAGGGAUUCUGCCAGUGAAGAAGUCUUUACACUGAUGGCAUCAAUCUGCCACACCCUGAUGGUACAGCACCGAAUGGUGGUGCCAAAAGUCAGGCUCCUCUACAGUUUAGCCUUUAAUGCCAGGUUCCUGAGGCAUCUCUGGUAUCUAAUAUCUUCAAUGACAACCCGGAUGAUAACAGGGUCUAUGGUACCACUGCUUCAAGUGAUAUCCAGAGGAUCUCCGAUGUCUUUAGAAGAUUCCAGCCGGAUCAUACCACUCUUCUAUCUUUUUAGUUCCUUGUUUAGUCAUUCACUAAUUUCAAUACACGAUAAUGAAUUCUUUGGUGACCCCAUAGAAGUCGUAGGGCAAAGACAAUCAUCAAUGAUGCCUUUUACACUAGAAGAGCUGAUAAUAUUAUCCCGCUGCCUUCGAGAUGCAUGCUUGGGAAUCAUCAAGUUGGCUUACCCUGAAACAAAGCCAGAAGUCCGUGAAGAAUAUAUUGCAGCAUUUAGAAGUGUUGGAGUAACAACCAACAGUGAAAUGCAGCAGUGCAUACAAACAGAACAAAAACGGUGGAUUCAGUUGUUUAAGGUUAUCACCAAUCUAGUGAAAAUGUUGAAGUCCAGAGACACGAGAAGAAAUUUUUGUCCACCAAACCACUGGCUUUCAGAACAAGAAAACAUUAAAGCAGAUAAGGUAACACAGCUUUAUGUGCCGUCAGCCAGACAUGUGUGGAGAGUCCGAAGAAUGGGGAGAAUAGGACCAUUGCAGUCUACCCUGGAUGUGGGUCUGGAGCCAGCACCUCUCUCUGUUUCUGAGGAACGGCAACUUGCAAUUUUGACUGAAUUGCCGUUUGUAGUUCCGUUUGAGGAAAGAGUAAAGAUUUUUCAGAGAUUGAUCUAUGCAGAUAAACAAGAUGUGCAAGGAGAUGGGCCAUUUAUGGAUGGGAUUAAUGUCACUAUUAGAAGAAAUUAUAUUUAUGAAGAUGCCUAUGACAAACUUUCUCCAGAAAAUGAGCCGGACUUGAAAAAGCGCAUUCGUGUACAUUUGCUUAAUGCUCACGGCCUGGAUGAAGCCGGCAUAGAUGGUGGUGGGAUAUUCAGAGAGUUUUUGAAUGAGCUGCUGAAAUCAGGGUUUAACCCCAACCAGGGAUUUUUUAAAACCACUAAUGAAGGGCUCCUUUAUCCAAAUCCUGCUGCUCAGAUGCUUGUUGGAGACUCUUUUGCCAGACACUACUACUUCUUAGGAAGAAUGCUGGGAAAGGCUCUGUAUGAAAAUAUGCUGGUGGAGUUGCCUUUCGCUAGCUUUUUCCUUUCAAAGUUGCUUGGGACGAGUGCUGAUGUUGACAUUCAUCAUCUGGCUUCAUUAGAUCCAGAAAUGUACAAGAAUUUGCUUUUCCUGAAGAGCUACGAAGAUGAUGUGGAGGAACUCGGAUUAAACUUUACGGUGGUGAAUAACGACCUGGGAGAGGCACAGGUUGUUGAACUGAAGCCGGGUGGAAAAGAUAUUCCCGUCACCAGCGCUAACCGAAUUGCAUACAUCCACCUUGUAGCAGACUAUAGACUAAACAAGCAGAUCCGUCAGCACUGCCUGGCCUUCAGGCAGGGCCUGGCCAAUGUUGUGAAUCUCGAAUGGCUCAGAAUGUUUGACCAGCAGGAAAUCCAGGUUUUAAUUUCCGGUGCUCAAGUUCCCAUCAGCCUCGAUGACCUGAAAUCCUUCACGAACUACUCUGGUGGCUAUGCAGCCGAUCACCCUGUAAUUAAAAUAUUUUGGAGAGUUGUCGAAAGCUUCACUGAUGAAGAAAAACGCAAACUGCUGAAGUUUGUAACGAGUUGUUCCCGGCCUCCACUUUUGGGCUUUAAGGAACUGUAUCCGGCGUUCUGCAUUCACAAUGGAGGGUCGGAUCUGGACAGGCUCCCCACUGCCAGUACCUGCAUGAACUUACUGAAGCUUCCCGAGUUUUAUGAUGAAAACCUGCUUCGGAGCAAGCUCCUGUACGCCAUUGAGUGCGCCGCUGGGUUUGAGCUGAGCUGAGCCGAACCCUCUGCCGAGGAACGAACCAGUGCCUACCCCCUAAACAGCCCCGACCCACCAACCCAGGGCAUCGGGCUAGGUUUCCGCAGCUCUCCUGCCUUCUCAAAUGCCCCCCUUAGACUUCAUUUUUCUCUCGUUUUCUUGGUUAACUUACGACUUGUUCCGUAACCGUCACUCAUCUCACGUCGACCCUGCUUUAUUCCGACUCAGAAAUAACGAAUGCUGGGCGUGGUGUGGCUGGAUUAGUGUUUAUGCCGAGAAGAGCACAUUUUCAGAACAGUGGCAACUCAGUGAAAUUAACCAAAGAUGAAGCUUUGGCUUUUUGCUGUUUGAAUAUAAAUAACUUCACGAGCUGGCAAUAAAGUUGUGUAAAAUGCAGCGCGUUGCUCAGUGGGAUACGACAGGGUGACUGUCCUGUUGUAAAUCUUCUAAGUGAGAAAGGGAUGUUUGCAGACGUCCUGGAAGGUGGGGAAGGGCUUGGGGAUAGGGAGUGGGGGACAAGAUGUGUACUAUCGAAACGCCACAUCGAUCCUCCUGUGGUAAAAUUGUUUACAAACCUUAGCCACGGCAACUAAAACAAAAUCACAUUUGUUUCAGGCUGCCACCUGCUCCCGAAAUAAUAGGCUUAAGAAAAGUAGCAUUUAUCAUAUUUUAUUUGUGCUUUCUAAGGGAAUUUCAAGAGAUUGGAUUCGCAUGCUUAUUUUAAAGUGCUGCAUUGGGCUGCAUCAUGAUGAGGUGGACAUCACCUUAACCAGAUGUAAAAUAUACCUGCUUCUCUGUUCAGUUUCCGUCGGUCUCCUCCUGUACCUUUACAGAUUUUCCUCUCGUAUGUAUCAAUUCCCCAUGGCAUACACAGUCCGUACAGUAGUAAUGACUUUGGAAGAAAGUAUAUUGUAACAUCUAUUAAAAACCAUCUGAACCAAAGUAUCAGGCUUUUUCUUUUCGCUCUGAAGCCUGCUGGAUUCAUAGCCUUGUUAUGGCUUCGCUCUCCUCCCUCACCACAUCUGUGCUGUAGAAACCAAUCGAAUUGGUUAUUUUGGGGGCCAAGCAGCUUCUGUGGCCAUCUGCUGCCUUGCGUGGUUUUGCUUAGGAAAGACGGUGGAAGCAGGUUGCCGAAUGUAGUUCGACGGCCAGGGAAGAAAACUCGAGUACCUUGGCGAGAGGAAACGGUCUCUAAUAAUAGGCACUUUAUUGGGUCAGGAUUUGUGUUCACAUUUAAUUUAACUGAUUAAAAACAGUAAACAACUCAAAACAUCAGAUGUGAAAAGAAAGCACACCCUCUUUAAUGUUACAGACAGAAAAGAUCACCAGAAUUUACAGUCCAGUCUCUAUUCAUCUCUUAUGCUGAAGGUAUUUUACUGUCAUUGGAGGCUCUGUGGGACAUCAUUUUUAAUUGACAGUAACCAGCAAUAUGCUUUUAAACGCGAGAAGACUCUGAUACUUUUAAGAUAUUUACUAGUAUCAUGAUAAAAAUGUAUAAUUUCUUUGGGUAAUAAAUGAAGUGUUCAAAUGCUAUUUGUAGUCUUGAUAUACAGAAAUAAAAUAAUGGAUUUUCUUUUUGA